GAACCUUUCUGCCCUCUUGAUUUUCUUUUUCCUCUCCGCUUCUUCCGCUGCCGCUGGAUUCGGAAUUCACUUCUUUCAGCGCAGUAUGGAAGAAAAUUUAAUGGUAGGGCACGGUGAUCUGCGGGAGAUGUUUUGAACCCCAAAAACUCUUUUUCUAUAACCCAUGUUCCACCUUUCUUCCCCGUGAUUGUUAAAAUACCUCUGCUUCAUUUCAUUUUAAUUUGCUUAUGAAAAUGGAACCUGAAAUCCAACGGAAGGUCGAGGAAGCCGUGAAAGACAUGCUUAAAAGAGCCGACAUGGAGAACAUGAAUCAAUUCAAGCUCAGACUUGCUGUAUCAGAGCGACUCGGUCUUGAUCUCUCCGGAAUCGAGCAUAAGAGGUUUAUCAAAGACGUUAUAGACUCUUUUCUACUCUCUACCGCUGACGAGACGUCUCGGAAUGGUGCGGAAACGGAGACUAAGAUUGGAGACGGCAUUAUCGACUCUUCUCUACUCCCAAGUGACGAGACGGCUCGUAAUGGUGCAGAAACCGAGACGAAGAUUGGAGAUGGCGUUAUCAACUCUUCCUUACUCCCAACUGCUGACGACACGGGUUGUGAAGGUGUGGAAACCGAGACGAAGCUAGGAGAGGAGAUCGCGGAGAGAGACACAGUGGUGCAAGGAGAUGAAACAGAGCAGAAGGCGGAGGUUAAGAAGAUUAUCGUCAGGGAUCGCGUUCUUUGCGAGCUAUCAAACAAGAAAAGUGUGGUGCUUAAAGCUUUCAAAGGGAAUCCCUACUUAUCAAUUGGAGAACAUCAUCUUAGGGAGGGAAAGCAGAUUACUACUGGUAAAGGAAUUAAUUUGUCAGCUGAGCAAUGGUCGAUCAUCAAAAAGAAUAUCCCUGCAAUUCAAGAAGCCAUUAAGAAGAUGAAUUCAAAUUUAAUGAGAUCUGAGCCUGAUGGUGAACAAAAUACUACCGUGUCUAAUUCAGCAAUUGAUUUUACUGACGAAUUUGUUCCUAUUGAGACUACCCGUUUUGAUGGAAAUAAUUAUCAUUUAUGGGCAGCAAAGAUGGAAUUCUUCUUAAAGCAAUUAAAACUCUUGUACGUGCUCACUGGGCAAUGCCCAAGUAGUGCCUGUGGUCUAGAAGCAAGUACUGAAGAACUUGAUCAAGCAAAAGCAGCCAGACAAAAGUGGGUUAGGGAUGACUAUCUUUGUCGCCAGAAUAUAUUGAACUCUCUAUGUGAUCGUCUUUAUCAUGAAUACUCGAAGAAAAGUAAGAAUGCUAAGGAACUGUGGGACGAACUAAAAUUAAUUUACGAGUAUGACCCACAUGGAACAAGGAGGCAUCAAGUCAGUAAUUAUAUUAAUUUUCAGAUGGUUGAAGAGAAAUCAGUUCUUGAACAAGUUCAAGAACUCAAUAAGAUUGCUGACAACAUUGUUGCUGCUGGAAUGUUUCUUGAUGAGAAUUUUCAUGUUAGUGCCGUCAUUGCUAAGUUUCCUCAAUCUUGGAAACACUUCAGCAUCAAGUUGAUGCAUGAGGAACAUCUACCAAUCCUUAUGUUGAUGGAUCGUGUGAAGGCUGAGGAAGAGUCUGGCAAUAGAACCAGGCAACUAGAUACAUUCAAGUUUGUAAAUUUUCAACCAUCCAAGGGCCACGGGCCAAGGAUGGAAGAUAUAAAGUUAGGGCUAACCUGUAAUAAGAGAGAAGCAGAGACAGCUGGCAGAGUCAUGAUCUGUCAUACUUGCAGCAAAAUGGGGCAUAUUUCCAGAUACUGUCAUAGUAAGAAGUCUGAUAGACAUGCCAACGGGAAGCCGUUUGAUGGGGAGGCUAAUGAGAAGCCCUUUGAUAAGGAAGCUAAGGAGAAGUCUGAUAGAGAAGCUAACAGGAAGCAGUUUAAUGAGGAGGCUAAUGAGAAGCCCUUUGAUAAGGAAGAUAAUGAAAAUCUGGUCAGGGACAAUUCAAAUAUAUAUAUGGUUGCUGACAUCGACAUGGCUGACAGCAAUAAAGUGUAGUCGAUAAAGAAAAAAGCUUCAGUGAUGCCCAUGACUGGCUUGAACUCAGCCCCUCCAUUUAAAAGCUGUGCAACUAAAGUAGGCUAAAUUCCCAGAGCCUGGUUCACAACACAUGGAUGAGCAAGGGCUUGAAUUUCUUCAGUUUGCUUUUCGCUGGUUUAAUUGUCUUUUGAUUUGCAAGAUUCCUUUCCAUCUGGUUACACGCCUAUGGGAUACUUAUCUUGCGGAAGGAGAUGCAUUGCCAGAUUUCUUUGUGUACAUAUUUGCUAGUUUUCUUCUAAUGGGGAGACACAUCCUCAUUUCCUUGGCACUUCAGUAUGAAGUAUUAAGUUGUUCUCUGGGUUGAUCUUCUUUCAUGCUUAAAAAUAUAGAUGAAGUUUGAACUGAAAUGAACCAUGUUUGAUGCCUUAAAAUCCUGUGCUUAUUCGUACUCUAUAUUUCUCAUAAAAUUGAGUGCCUACUUCUGAUAAAA